AUGCAUAGGAAAUCAUUGAAUGCGAGGAACGAUAGUCUAUAUCAUAAUUCUGUUUAUUUGAUUUCUUCUCCUUAUCUGUAUUUAUUGUUGAUCUUGGGAUUGUGUAUUCCAUGUCGCUGGCCAGUUUAUUGGUUGAUAUCCGGUGCACCGAUUUUGGAAGCCGUGUUACUAGCUGGAGCUGCGGGAGAGAGAUCAGGAGGAUGUGAGAAGAAAAUAGGAGGAAACUUAGGAAUGGGGAGUCAGGAACCAGAAAGUUCGUAUACGGAAUCAGCUGCUUGUACUCGUAUCCUACCAGGUGUUCCUCUCUGGCCACUAACUACUACUCUUGAUUUAACAUAUUGUAUCUGUCGCACUAGUUGGCUUUUCUACUAUCUAUUCACAGUCACCUGUUGGAGUUCGAUACCUAUUAUAUGUCUUUUUCAAUUUCCUAUCGCGGGACAGCUGUUGCGGAAACAGCUGAGGAAGAUUUUGUUAUCGAAGACUUGGGGGUUACAGUUUAUUGAUGAUCGGAUUGGGAUUUUUGAUAUACCUGGGUUGGAAAUUGAUACGAAGGUUGAUGGAUUGGUGGUGGUUAGAGGUGUGACGCUUAUAUUGAGUGAGAUGAGUUUGACGGUUCAUGGGGUGGAAGUUGUGUUGAAAUUGAUGGUGGGUGAGGGGAAGGAUGGGGAGAUUAUUGAUGUGGGGAUUGGGUGUGAGGAGGUGGUGGUUAGAUUGGGGAGGGGAAUUGAGGUGGGUGAUUGUUUUGUAAGUGUGAAGCGUGGGGAAAGGGGGAUGGGUUUUAAAGAUGUGCGAGAGAGGAUUGGUGGUGGGAGAUGGGCAGGUGAUCAGGUAUCGGAGGUGGAUUUGAAGAUGUUGAAGGUCGUGAAGGGAAAUGGGAACGGGAAUAGGAAUGUUCAAAAUGGACAGCAAAACUUGGAGGCUGAGAGGAAAUGGAACAAUACAGUAAAGAACGACAUAACAGACGGUCAUGCACCAAAAGAUACAGAUAUAAAAAAAGGAAUCGAAGCUAUCAAAACCAUUGCUCCAGACGACACCAAAGCAGCCAACGAUCAAUACCACAAAACCAUCUCCGCGAUCCGUUCCACAAACAGUAUACAAACCUGUCGUCAAGAAGUCCAACGGCUUGUCGAUUCAGGCGCAGGAAAAAAGGCAGACGGCACCGAGGCCCUAGCAUCGGUGAACGAAAAUAGCAAUAACGACAUCUGCGCAGCAAUUUGCUCACAACUCCACCGCCAACCUUCAAUCACACAUCCUCCGACUCGAUCCAUCAAAGUCACAACACUACAAACAUUAAUACCACCGCAUAUCCGGACAUUUCUCCAUCGUCUCCCUAUGCUCAUUCGUCUUCUACUCAGCCCAAUCGCUCAUUUCCAUCCUGUGAAGAUAUCAUCUGUGACUGCUACCGGCUCUGGAAAAUGGAUCCAGGAAAUUCUCGAGGAGAAACUCUUUAAAACUGAUAUUUAUACGCCACCUUCCUCUCCUAGGCCUUCUACAUUUCCAUCCUCGACAUUUAAAUUAUCUGAUCCAUCCCCUACAUUUUCAUCACUCACUUCCAAACUAACCAAUCCAUCUUCAACAUUUUCCUCCUUCACAUCCAAACUAAACAAUCCACCCCUGGCCUUCUCAACCCCACCAACUCACCCAUCCAACCCAUCCAACCCAACCCCUGAAGAACAAACCACCAUCCCCCAAAUCCAACACCGCAUAAACAACUGGCUCCUCCCCUCCACCUUCAUUCUCGAACUCCGCGCCCUAACAGGCACUGCGCAAAUACCCAUGCUUCCAAGCUACGACAUCCAGUGUUCUGUAUCCAGCAGUAGUAUAAUAGCCUAUCGAAGUCUUCCCUACGUUGCAUCACUCAAACAAGUACUUCGACUCGGAGGCGCGGAUGUCUCGUUUCAGAUUCCGAGUUUUUUGCUCCCGUGUCAUGAACAUCUUUUACCUGUGUCGGCUGCGCAUGAAAGGAUUGUUUGUAGAGGGGAUGGUUUCAGGGGACAGGAUGGAGAGUUUGGAGGGGUUGUUAGGGGAGGAGAAAGGGAAGGAAAUGUUGGGAAGGAUGAGAAUGAAGAUGAGGAUCAGGAUGAUGAAUGUAUAGUGAGGAUAGGAGCACAUGUGCGAUUACCAAUGGUGAUGGAUCAAGAGUUGUUAGAUUGGAUAGCGAGCGUAGUGAAAGCGAGCAAGGUAAUGGAAAUGGAGGUGGAGAGUCGAUGGAUGGAUGAGGAGAUUCGUGGAUUUAGGGAUUUGGUGGGGGUUCUUAAAGGGGGUGUAAGGGAUGUAUGUAUUAUGCUUCUUUUUUUUUUCAUUCUUCCCUUCCCUUCCCUCCCUUUUCUUCGCUUCCCACAACCAUUCCCCAACAAAACCCCAACUAACACCCCUACCCCUCCCCACAACAGGCUCAAAAGGAAUAAAAAUCCCUCCUUACCACCGCAAUAAACGACCGCUGGAUCGCAAAAAUGGUCGGAAAAAUCACGACUAAAUUACAGGAAGCAAGAGGAGAUGUAGGGUAUGCGGGUGAGAUCAAGGUGCCGCUUGGACCGUUUAGAUUGAGUGAGGAGGCGAGGGUGAGAAAGGAGGGAGUUAAGAUAUUGCCGUGA